AUGCCCCUGCACUUCUGCAAAUAGGUUUUCAUUAUUCGCGCUCUGUUUUUGUAAUUGCAACAGCGUUUAUUGGAACAAUAACGUUUCAAUCGCUGCCUACGUCGAUCGCCGGUUUCGAAGCGCUUGGAUGGUUAUCUAAAAUAACGAAUGAAAUAAUGGUCGACAAUUAAUCUAUGAUUAUAUGUCAAAAUACGGUGUACUGUUAACGAUAAUAUUUGCCAUGUCGCAAAUCGCAAAGGUCUUGUCGCCCGCUAUGCACAAACAGUGUUUCGUUCCGAACUGUAAUAACUCUACGACUAAAACGCCGAAUAAAAUUUUCAUUAACGUACCACGGAAUCAGGAUGUGAGAAAACUUUGGUGCAAUGCCGCAGGCUGUCCCAUUGAGAGUUUAAGUUACAUGGCUUUCUGCUGUCAAGAUCACUUUAAUCUGGAACAUGACGUCGAAAGCAAUCCAUAUUCUCAUAGUGGACGUAAGAAAUUGAAGAAAGGCAUAGUACCUCACAUAUUUGCAUGCCAGGAACACAUUGCUGUUACAAAGCAAGAAGAAAAGCCAAUACAUCUAACACAGAACGAGGUAGAGAUUCCUGCCUCGGUGGUGAUGGCAGAGUCAGAGCAGAACAUUUCAGAAGUGUUAUAUUCAUCCCAAUUAGUAAUUAAUGCAUCCAAAAUAGUUCAAGAGAUGCCUUCCAUCGAUGAGUUUAAUGUUCCUAAUUGUACCAAGGAAGAGACAUGUAAAAAUGCAUCAGUAGAUAAAGAGAUUAAUUUCAUGGAUGAAACUAAUGGGAUAAACAGAAAAAGAGACGCACGUUCUGUGAACGAUGAGUCCUUUGAUUUGAACACAAAGAAGUCAUCCCUUAGUAAUUCAAGCAAUGCCUGUAAAGAUAACGGUACUUUUCCUAAAAGAAUAAAAAAUAAGAAUUACAAGCGUCAGCUGAUAAACGAAAUCAGGAGCAAUGCUCUGUCGAACCUGGUCGAUGCUUAUGAAAUUCUAUCUGAACGCAGCAGUUCACUAGACAGUCUUUCAGAGCUUGAGAAAGCCACUGAUAGUAGCGACGAAGAUAAUUUUAGACAAAAGUUGUCUGAAUUGACUCCUCUAGAGCUGACUAAAAUGGUAAUUAAAGACGACCCAUUGACUUUCAUCGGGAUACCCAUAUAUUCGUUACAUAUCAUUGACAGAAUGCAAAGUAAGCUAAACAUGCCUAUAGAGAAUAUAUAUUUGAUCUUGAAGAAACUACGACUUAAUCCCUCUGACGAAAUUUUGGUGGACGAUUUUGGAUAUUCGGUACGUCAGGUGCACAAAACACUGAUGAAAGGAUUGCCUCGUCUAGUGAAACUGAUUAGGAAGUUGAUAGCAUGGCCUACGGAAAAGAACAUAAUAAAAACACUACCAUUACAGUUUCGUGUAAAGUUCGGUAAUGUUCGGUACAUCAUAGACAGCUUUGAAAUUGAAAUAGAGAAGCCUGAUAGUGAAGUGAAUCAAGAAUUGAUGUGGUCCAAAAAAAGAGCUUGCUGUACCGCUAAGUAUUUGAUUGCCAUGACACCUGAUGGCCGAAUCACUUAUAUAUCCGAAGGCUUUGGGGGCUCGGCUACUAAUACUUUCGUCCUUGAGAAUUCCGGAUUCCUGGACAAACUUCCAAGUGGUACUACAGUCAUAGCUAUGGAUAAUUUUGAAGGGGUGGAAGCACUCUUUAAGAAAAAGGAGUUCACGUUAAUACAAACACCGAUGUCAACAACUGAUAGAGAACUUACCGACGAAGAGGUGUUACUCACGAAGCAGAUAGCAAGCAUUAGGAUUUAUGCUGAUAAUGUGAUCAAACGUAUUAGAGACUUUAGGCUCUUGGAGUCUCACGUUUACGUGGAAGACUAUCUUGUUCCUUAUUUAGAUUAUAUUCUAGUUAUAGUUGCAGCAUUGGUUAAUUUUCAAAGUGCGAUUUUUCCAUAAGCAUUGAGUACGAGUUUUAGAUGUAGGUACA